GAAAUAAGUCAAAUAACGACUGCAUCACUUCCGGCGAUGGCGGGGAAGGAGCCAGAGUCACGGCAAGACGAGCUGGCGGAGUCGCUCAACGAUCUCUUCUCCAGCGUCUCCACCACGGUUAAAUCGGAACUCCAGGGGACAAAUAAUCUGUUGGAGCUUUUGGAAAAGAUGAACCUUAGGGUGGCUGAAGAAUACAAUGGCUUUGGCGAUGUGGCAUCUGGGUUAAGGGUUUAUGUGGAGCAGCUGAAGAGCAAGGGUGGUAGUUUUGAUGAGUAUGUUCAGCAGAUUGAUGCCAUAGAGCAGCAGGUUACUGAGUUUGAAGCUGUAGUUUCAGUGCUUGAUAGAUAUGUCUCUCUGCUGGAAUCAAAAGUACAAUCAGCUUAUCAAAAUCCACCUUCAUGAAAAAUGCUUUGAUAUCUUCAUGGGAAAUGAAAUCAACUGGACUAAUGCUCAUUGAUCGAAGCCAAUUUGUUGAUAGUCUUUGUGCCGUUUGUCAAAUUUUCAGAUUUAGUUUCUAGGGUCUGUAGUGAAUGAUAUUGGCAUCUCUUCUUUUUUAUAAUAACAGAUUAUGAUAUUAGAGUAUUUGAUGUAUGAACUAUCAUUCUUGUUAUUGCCAAAGUUCACUCACAUUUGGGUGUCUUGGUAUGGUUUCUUCCUUGAAAUCUCAUGCCCCUGCUUCUCCUCUUUUUCAAUAUAACCUAAAAUGUUUG